AUGUCCGCAGAGGUGGAGACCCCCGCGCCUGCGGCCGAACAGGCUCCGGUGAAGACCCCCUCCAAAAAAGAGAAGAAAAAAGCUGCAGCUACCCCAGAGAAGACAGAUGAGUACCUGCUUGCGCGGUUUAAAGGAGAUGGCGUUCGGUACAAGGCCAAGCUGAUCGGAGUGGACGACGUGCCGGAGGCCAGAGGAGAUAAAAUGAGCCAAGACUCCAUGAUGAAACUGAAGGGCAAAGCAGCAGCUGCCCGUUCUCAAGGAAAACAUAAACAGAGGGUGUGGGUGAACAUCUCUCUCUCCGGAAUCACCAUCACGGACGAGAAAACAGGAGCCACCGUACUGGAGCAUGCUGUCAAUAAGAUCUCUUUCAUUGCUCGUGAUGUGACAGAUAACAGAGCCUUUGGUUAUGUCUGUGGUGCGGAGGGCCAGCACCAGUUCUUUGCCAUAAAAACUGCACAGCAAGCAGAGCCCUUAGUUAUUGACCUGAAGGACCUUUUCCAGCUCAUCUUUAACAUGAAGAAAAAAGAAGCAGAGGGUUUAAAGAAGGAUGAAGGCAGUAAAGUGGCAGAGAAUGGCACUGAACACAUCAAUGGCAGCCAAGGAAAAGUAAAACAGCUGGAUUUGUUUGGAGACAUGUCCACCCCACCGGAUCUCCACACUCCCAUGGAGACAGAGGAUAUCCUUUUGUUGGAUCUGUCUACUGAAAUAGACAAUAAUCAGAACUGUACUAAAGGAAACCCCUUCAUCUCUGAGUGCUCCUCUCCCCUCAGAACCUCUGAGAACCCGUUCGCCUCUCGCCUCACAUUUUUCCCCACCCCUAUCCACGACCCAUUCAGCGACGACCCCUUCUCCAAAAAGGACCAAUCAGAAAAUGACAAAGACCUAGCCACUAAUCAGAAUGCCUCUGGACACUUUGGCGGAUUGGUCAACGGCAGCGGCAAAAACGGGGACUCCAACUACCUGGCUCAGGAGUUUGACCAGAUAUCCAACCGGACAGUGAUCCAGACGCUCAGUAACGGGCAGUGGCCACUAGAGGGCAGAGCAGCAGAGGUGUCUGCAUGGACUCAGAAUGGCAGUGUCCCUGUUCAGGAGUGUAACGGACAUCACCACGGUAAAGCCAAGCAGAACCCGUUUGUGGAGGUGCCAGAAAAGAGCCAGCCCCCGCAGGAUGGAGUGAAGGCUGAAGCCCCCGGGAAAGCAGAGUCUUCUGUCAGUCAAGCCAAGGACUCUGUCAUCAUCAGCCCUCCACCAGUCAACACGAAGGCUGGGCGGGGAAGGCGGACCUUUAAGUCUCCCACCAAUGAAAAGCGAGAGACAGAUCCUUUCGCGUCACCCAAUCAUUCAGAGUCGCCAUCUCCCCCCCAACCAGAGGGUGGCACUGCAAACACAGGAGGCCUCUUCAGCCAGAGCCCUCCCUGCUCCUCUGAGACACUUGCUGCUCUCGGCGGGCUCUCCUUGGGACCUCCCACCACAGUCUCUCCUUCAACCCCAUGGAGCCAGUCUCUCUCCUCCAUCUUCCCCAGUAACGGAAGUGUCUCUCAGCCUUUCUCCCAGAAUCCAACCUUCUCCAGCUCCUCAUUGCCUACCUGGGGCUCUGCCCCUGGAGCCUUCAGCUCAAUCCCCAACCCUCAGCUCCCAGCCUGGGGUCAAACCUCCACCUCGGUCCCCAAUGGAUCCUGGACGCAGCCUUCCUCUGUGGGGAAUCCCUUCCAGAGCAGUGUGUUCCCCCCAUCAUCAGGGCUCACACUGGGGUCACAUCAGACCACCCCUAGCCCUCCGCCCCUUGUUCCACCCCGGGCUGCACCAACCAAAGAGGCUGUGAAGGUGGACAGCAAUGCCUUCGUAGACCUGGACCCGCUCGGAGAGAGAGAGCGGAGGAAUGGCAAGGACAUGUUUAAAGAUUUCCAGAUGGCCAAGCCACCUGCUGUACCAGCCAGGAAAGAACCGCUGAAAGCCACUGGACAGGGCCUGUUUGAAAACCCCUUUGGAGCUGGUCUCUUCGGAGUGACGUCGACUGCCACAAGUGCACCUGCCAUUAAGGCCGUGGGAUUGGACCCCUUCAGAGAAACAUCUGGAAACCCGUUUGCGUGACCGUCAACCUCAGUUACUCACUUCAUGGUCCACGAAGCCCAUUUGUGAUCUUACAUUUCCCCAAACACAUCCUGUUCCAGAGCAGGUCUCUA